AUGCGGCUGAAAAGACGUAACUGCCUUACACAGAUAACCAAACUCAUCUUUUUGCUCUCACUGGUGGCUCUCCUGAUCUUUCUGAUUGACCACAUAUCGCCAGAUAAUGGAGGGGCGGUAGAGAAAAGACUUCGAGACAAAUCAAUGGCAAACACAAGCAUUUUCAUCUGGGAGGUUUUCCGUGGCAAAGAAAAUAAGAGUUCCAAUGGACAGCAAAAUAUCUCAACUUUAGAGAACUUAAAACCAACUAACACCAACCUAAUAAAUUUGGAAGACUUUAACAGUGACGGCCUUUUCCCCUACCUCAUCAACGAACCAGACAAAUGCCAAAAGAGUCAGGCAGCACCAUUUCUGGUGUUUCUAAUUACCACAGAGGCUUUGCAGGUGAAAGCAAGGGAAGCAAUACGACAGACCUGGGCAAAUGAGAAUGUGGUACCAGCGGUGGCAGUUGUUCGGCUGUUCCUGCUUGGAAAAUCCAAGGAUAAGCUGGGAAGUAAAAAGCAAAUGAUCCUCUUGGAAGAGAGUCAAAGACAUCACGAUAUCAUCCAGCAGGACUUCCUGGAUUCCUACUACAACCUGACCCUGAAGACCAUGAUGGGACUACACUGGGUGGCACGCUACUGCUCGAAGGCCAGCUACGUCAUGAAGACAGACAGUGACAUGUAUGUCAGCACAAACACGCUCAUUCGCAAGCUGCUCAAACCAGAGCUAAAGCCCAGGAAGAACUACUUCACGGGACGUAUCAUAAGAAAUGAGACACCCAUUCAAGACAAAAAUAACAAGGCGUAUAUUCCUAAAGAAGAGUACUCAAAAGCGACGUUUCCCGCCUUCUGCUCAGGUACUGGUUACGUGCUCUCCGGAGAUUUGGCCCUCAAAAUUUACACAGUAUCUCUGACUAUGCGCCGAGUGCACCUGGAGGACGUGAACGUGGGACUAAGCCUGGCCAAACUUGGGUUGAAGCCCAUCGACCCACCACAUGACUUGGUGUUUUACCACUGGCGGAUAGACUAUGCAGUAUGCAAGUAUAAACACCUGAUUACAUCCCAUGGCUUUAAACCUGAAGAAAUAAUCAAAUACUGGAGGCUCCAGCAAAACGACACUACAAAAUGUUAA